AUGGUUGAUCAUAGCAAUCAGAUGACGUACAAGUUGUUGGAGCUUAUGCAGAAGACCGGCUACUCCAUAGCCCAGGAAAAUGGUCAGCGAAAAUUCGGGCCGCCCCCAGACUGGGUGGGACCUCCACCACAAAAGGGCUGCGAAGUGUUCAUUGGGAAGCUACCACGAGAGGUAUUUGAAGAUGAACUUGUACCACUGUUUUCGCGAGCUGGUAAAAUAUAUGAAUUGCGUCUCAUGAUGGACUUUUCGGGGUCCAAUCGUGGGUACGCUUUCGUUACAUAUACAACUCGAACAGAAGCUACGGCUGCUGUGAAACUAUUGAACGGGUACGAGAUUCGUCCAAGAAGACAUAUCGGUGUCGUCAAAUCUGUAGACAACUGCCGCCUUUUCGUGGGCAAUAUACCGAAGACAAAAACGCAAGAAGAAGUUCUGGCGGAACUCUCUAAACAAGUUUCUGGCAUCGUUGACGUUAUUCUGUACCAGAAUUGCUUUGAUCGCAAGCUGAACAGAGGUUUUGCGUUUGUGGAAUUCCUGUCUCACCGAGCGGCGGCCAUGGCUCGACGGGCGCUCGUGCCGGGCUGCGUUAAGCUAUGGGACCAGGAGGUGAUGGUGGACUGGGCAGAACCGGAGCCAGACAUAGAUGACGAGCAAAUGAGAACGGUGAAAGUUUUGUAUGUACGUAAUUUUGAAAUUCGUACAACACCCGACACAAUACAAAAAGUUUUUGAGAACGCGAUAAAUAAUAAAAUCGAGCGUGUAAAGAAAAUUUAUGACUAUGCUUUUAUUCAUUUUUACGAGAGAGAACACGCUGAAAUAGCUAUGGCGAAGUUACAAAACGCGGAUAUUGACGGUAGUAAUAUAGAGAUACGCUGGGCGAAGCCUGUGGAUCGCGAUUUGUAUCGCAUACAGAAACUUAAUAGAGGCAAUGCGAAGUUUAACAAUGGCUUUGAUCUCACUCAAACAUUGUUACUUUAUAAACAGCACCUAGAGAAAAAAGAAUACGCGAACAGCCCGAAGGAUGAAGGUAUUGGGUCUGCAUAUGCUGGUGAGAGCCCAUGCUACUCUCCUUGUGACAUGAAACCACUGGCUUGCACAUACAGCUUGCAAGACAAUUAUACAUUGGCUCCAGCUAAGCUUGAGUCAAUGUGUAAAAGGUAUAUGUGGUCACAACCGAUAUAUAACUAUCAAAAAGUAGUGGAUGCAACAAGAGAACUGUGGAUAUGUAGUGUGGAGUUGCCACAAAUUGGUUUGCCGUUGCUAACAGUCCCUCAACGAAUUGGGCCCCUUAUCACAAGGCCUUGUUUCUCGACCCAGCAAGCUCAUGUGGAAGCUGCUGAGAUUGCUCUAAACACGUUAAAGAUGCUAAGAGUCGACCUGAUUCAGCAAUCUACUCCAGCUCCACCUUUUUACUCUUCACUAUCUCCAAUGCAGAAUUAUGUGAGACUACCUUAUGAUUAUACAACAAUGUAUCAACCAUCUCCACCUGUUAUGCCAGUACAGACUGUAUGGCGCACAAUU